UCUUGUAGGUACAGCUGAGUCAAAAAUAUGUCUCAUUUCUUUCAUCUUGUUUUCUUUCUGAGACCUAGGCAUAUAGGGCUUUGUGGUCUUAAUUUGUGGCCUUGAUGCUUCCAUUUUGGUGAAACCAGGGGCCAGUGAAGGGGGUUUAUUUUUUUUUUCUGUCCUUCUAAUGAUAGCAUGCAUUUGUUCAGCUCUUGUAUGCUAAUUUGUAGUGCCCGACACUGUAAAGGGGAGGUUUUCACCUGCUGUAUAAGAAGUUACAUGUCCUCCUGUCCAGAAAUUUACAUAUACUGGUUACCAGGUAUGAUCCCUAAUUGGAAAUAUAAUACUGGGUGUGAUAAGCAGGAAGUGGAAGAGCUUUACAGCAAAACAAGUGAACUCUGCCUAUUACAAAAAAAUCAUCACAAGUCUAGUGACUGUGCCUUCAUUGAUUUCUGCAGCCUCUUACUGUUUAGGAAUGUAUGUAUAACUUUGCUGUGUGACUGUUAACUGUGAGAUUGCAACAUUCUAUCCUUACACAGGAAGGAAGCUGAGACAAGUCAAAAUUUUAGUUUCAGAAAAUCCUUGAAGCUGAGCACUUUCCCUAGGCUCCUUCUUCCUAGGAGUAAACAAGCCAAGCUGCAAAGAAGAUUGAGACCAGAGGAGCUGAGUAGAAGCAGAAUCCAGGCCAGCUGCCUGGAAGAAGUUUAGACCAACUGAGUCACUUGGACAGGACACUUGCACUGAAAGAUCAACUCAGGACCCCCAAGGCCAAGUUCUCAGCACAAAGGAGAUUUAUUUGCCCCAGGGGGAUAGAAGGCUAGAAAUAAGAGACAAACACAGGAGAUAGAGGAAGAGGGAGAAGGGGAAGGGGGCAGGGAUAUUUGUCUCUAGGGGGACAAAGGACUGCCUCUGUGUAAAGGGGAGGUGGGCAAUGCACCUAAGAAAAUGGCAGCUUUUAAAGGAAGAACAGAAAACCCUCCUGUUAGGGUUUUUAAUUGGACAUAUUCAUUAGGUGAGCCAAAGGGGCUUCUGAUUGUUGGACUUAAGUACUUUGAUAGCUGGACCUUCCAUCAAGAGAUGGAAUGGCCAAAUAAAUGAUAGACCUUGGGGGCAAGCUUUAAGGAGUGUAAUGGUUUUUAGCAAGGCAGCGUGUAUGGGAGAGAGGAGCAAGGCCUGCCAGAGCCAUGCUCUCCAUGCUCACCAUACUCAAGCUGGCCAUAUUCCCGUCAACACUUUCCAACCUGUUGAGUUGGCUUUUGCUGUUGGUAUUUGUUGAUAUUUUGUUGUUUUGUUUGACUUGGGGUUUUGCUAUCUAGCCAGGCUGGCCUGGAACUAAUGAUUCUCUUGCCUCCAGUAUCCUGUACUGGAAUCACAUGCUGUAUAUCAUCAUAAGCUAUUUGUUCGGUCCAGAGAUUGACAGAUGCUUAAAUACACAAAUACAAGAAAAACACAGAACUUGUUCACAAGCUAAAAGUUUUAGAAUUGCUUAAACUGUGUUCAUCUUUGCUUUGGGCAGUUGUGGACUGUGGUUACAUUUAACCUUAGUUUAUGAUCAGUUGGUGGCUAUAGCUGGCCACUUCUGUAGGUGGCUAGCUGGGUCUGUUUGCAAAGGGCUGCACCCUCAGAAGAGGGGGAGUUGUGAGGAACUUGUGGGCUUCACACAGGUCCUGUUUUUUUAGAGAGGUAAUCUAUGCUCCUUGUGGUAUUCAGGAAAGUCAGCUAGCUCUCUAGUUUCUCGAUAUAUACAUAUUUGAAGUUUAUAGGACCAUGUGUGAUCUGUGAUGCAUCCUCUGACAGGACAGAGAGGGAGGGACAAUUCAAGUGCCAUGAAAGGUGGGGCACGGGUGUUAGAAUACUAAGGGAGGGCUCCAGGAUAUGAGAGCAGAUCAUGGAAGUGUAACACACCUAGUAAUUUAGAAGAGACUACUUACAGAUAGUCUCCAGCAGUGGAUUAGGGCAGCUAAGUGCCUACAGUUCUGGAGGCUAGGCACGGGCUUCCAUCAUGAUGCCUGUCCAGAAUUUGGGCAAGAAGUGGAGAAGUUUCUUUGCUCCCUCAGAGAGAGUGUCAUCCCCCUAGCCAACCAUAGCCCCUUUGACCUCCAGUGUAGCUUACUUGCAGCCCUUUGGGGUAUUCUGUUGGCUCCCUGGUUGGAAAACACUGGGGUGGCCCAAGUCUACUGCACACCAGAAAACAAAUACCUGGAAGAGGCUUGUUUGCUACCCUCUAUGAAGACAUUUCCCUGCAUCCCGCUUAGCCUUUGUUCCAGGUGGUGAGGGUCCACAGCUUAUUACCCAGCCACAGAUGCACAACUAGAGGAACUACGUUACCCAGAGUGCGUUUGUCACAGAAAGAAGAACACUGAACCAAUGAGCAUUUAGAACAGUAUCAUCUUCAGGUUUUUACUGGUAGGAUAGGGCGGGACUUCCGGGUGUAUUCUGUGGCGCUCGUUUUAGCGGUUUUGGGUCCCGUUUUUGUUGAUUGUGUGCAGGACCCCUUUGUCCAGCGUUAGGGGAUGAAGAGUAUGAAGGGGCGGUUCUAGAAGUAGCAUUCAUCGCACACUGGGCGCUGGCGGCAACAGCUUUGCCCAAGUCCGGGUCCCGUCUCCGUGCCAUCUGUGUGCGCCUUAGUUGGAUGGCUGUGCCCACGUUCAUUCACCAGGCUUAGGUAAGUGCUGCGACAUCUGAUGCUCCUUUGCACUCACCAAGUAUCAUACAAAGUCUGAGUGAGGGAGUCCGCUUAAGUCGCUACUCUCCAAAUCCUGGUGUGUGAUUUAGGUUCCCUAUUUGCAAAGCUACUGUGACGAGACGGGGCAGCGUGUGACAGCCAGGGCCCCAGCGUGUGUAAUUUCUUGGAGCGAUAUUGAAGUCCGGAAUAUUUUAAGCCUGUAAUAGUAAGAUGGGGAGUUUUAUCCUUAUCCCUACGACAUAGGAAUUUCUGUAGGGAAGAAGUACACAGGCUUGAGUGUGGGCUUUUGGUUUUCCAAAAAGCUGUUCCUGGUGAAAAUAUAUAGCAAUAGCACGGGCGAGUUGAGUCAUUGUUCAGGGCCCCACAGGUAACCCUCAGCACUGAGUAUUUGGGAUCAGAUGUAAUGAAGGCACCCCCAGGUCACCUUGCUCCAUGUUGGGAGAGUAUAGAGAAAGACCCAAGGAUUUGGAUCCCUGCCAUCAUUCAUGAUAUCUCUCUUACAGGUAUCCAUUACUGAAGAAGUGGAUAUGGCCCUCAUGCAGCAGGGCUGUGUGACUUUUGAGGAUGUAGCCAUUUGCUUCUCACGUGAAGAAUGGAGACUUCUUGACAAGACUCAGAGGCUGCUGUAUCUCAAUGUUACGCUGCAGAACUUUGCACUUAUAAACUCCCUGGGUUGUGGGCAUAGAACAGAAGAUGAAGAGCAGAGAGUUUCUACACGAGCGUCACGGGUUUGGAGAUCUGAGACAACUCUUUCUCCACUAAAAACUCACCUCUGUGAAAAGUGUGUCCCAAUUCUUCAAAACAUUUUGCUCCUGCCUGAUCUACCUGGGCAGAACCAGAGUACAGAGGCACGUUCACAGUUUAAUCAGCACCAAAAACAUACUAGUACAGAAAAACUCUUGAAGAAGAAUGCCGACGAGGCCUCAUACUUGAAACAAUGCCUAUUCCAUACAUCAGCAAAGUCCUUCCCCACUUGGGAUGUUGAGAAAGACCUCCCAGACAUACUGAGUCUUCUGAAAUCCCAGGUCUUUCCCAACAAUCUGAAGCCCAGCAAAAGCAAAGAGGGUAGGAAAGAAGCUCACAGUCAUAAAAGUCGUAAGUCAGGAGCCUGUGCGAAGACUUCCAUUCAAAAACAAACACCUAUGCACCAGCCAAAAGCCUCUACUGGGAAAAAGCUUUAUGAGUGCAGCAAAUGUGGGAAAACCUUCCGUGGCAAGUACUCGCUUGAUCAGCACCAGAGAGUCCACACUGGAGAAAGGCCUUGGGAGUGCAGUGAUUGUGGGAAAUUCUUUAGCCAAACCUCCCACCUGAAUGAUCACCGUAGAAUACAUACUGGAGAAAGGCCUUAUGAGUGCAGUGAAUGUGGAAAAUUAUUUAGACAGAACUCCAGUCUUGUUGACCACCAGAAAAUUCAUACUGGGGCAAGACCUUAUGAGUGUAGCCAGUGUGGGAAAUCCUUUAGUCAAAAAGCUACACUUGUUAAACACCAGAGAGUUCACACUGGAGAAAGGCCUUACAAGUGUAGUGAGUGUGGGAAUUCCUUUAGUCAAAGUGCCAUUCUUAACCAACACCGGAGAAUUCACACUGGAGCAAAGCCUUAUGAAUGUAACCAGUGUGGGAAAUCCUUCAGCCAAAAAGCUACCCUUAUUAAACAUCAGAGAGUUCACACUGGAGAAAGACCUUACAAAUGUAGUGAAUGUGGGAAAUCCUUCAGUCAAAGCUCUAUCCUUAUUCAACACCGGAGAAUUCACACAGGAGCAAGGCCCUAUGAGUGUGGCCAGUGUGGAAAGUCCUUUAGCCAAAAGUCUGGUCUCAUUCAGCAUCAGGUAGUUCACACUGGAGAAAGGCCUUAUGAAUGUGACACAUGUGGGAAUUCUUUUAGCCAAUGUUCUAGCCUCAUUCAUCACCAAAAAUGUCACAGUGCGUAAGACACCUCAUAAAAGUAGCCAAUGUGGAUAAGCCUUCAACCCAAGGCUUAAACAUCAUUUAGCUCCUCCAAAUUCAUACUUGAGAAAAGCCUUAGACUUACAGGGAAUGCUCUCUUUUAGUAUUGUGACACUAGAGAAGCUCCUGAGGUUGAUCUGAAUUCUGCCCACAUCCAGGGGUGUGAGAUUACUCAGGAGGUCAGGCACGGGAAGGUGCAGGGGCUGCUUUGCCCAUACUGAGCCGGGGUCCUUGCCAUGUAUGAGUGUUUGUGGUAGAAGCCGUCUUUCUCUACCACAUAACCAGUGUGCAGUAAUCACCCCAUCAUGCAAAUUGUCUGUCAGUGCUGCUUGCCUGGAGGAACUUUGAAUGGAGUAUUUAUGGAGAAUUUGUUUUCUGCUUUUAAUUGUUGAAAGCAUGGCUACAACUCAGCUUUUACCAGGAAGAUGUACCAUUUUGUCUACUGAAGGUAGCUACAAUUUGCUUACCUGCAUCUUUAAAAAAAAAAAAAAUAGGUUUUAAUCUGUCACAUGACAGUUGGGUGAAUGUUUCCAGCCUUCUAAUUAUGGUUGGUCACUGCCUUCUCAUUGCUCUGGUUUAUACAUAGAUAGAUGCCUUAUUCUGAAAGCUACUUUUACUCUUAGCGUCCAGUUUACUAGUGGGAAGGCUGGAAAACAGACUGAAUUUUCUAGGAAAGUAUGGACAACUUUUGUGGAUGUCUCAACUUGGUAUACCUCUGCAGGUGCAGCAAAAGGAAAAAAAAACAAAUUUUUAUUGCUGUCCAAGAGCUGCAGGAUCUUCGUUAUCAUCUAUUUUUUCUCAGAGAAUGUCCUUAUAAUGCCCAUGACACAAGGAGAGGCAGCUUGUAAGGGUCUACAAAGAAUGUGCCCCCAAAGCAAUUAUUCCAUAGGCUGGUAUCACCCAUGAGAUGAGCAGAUCCAGAUGUGAAGCAUCAUUGGCAUACAAACAAUGGGUAUGGUAGAGUCUGCAGCCAGCCUCUACCUCUUGUAAAUGUGCCUCUUGUAAAAGUGCACCCAGCGGUCUUUGUUUCUGGCUGUGUUCACAGGACCUAGAACUCUGUGUAUGUACAUAGCUGAGGUCAUUGUCAAAAAAAAAAAAAAGAUUUUGUGGGAUAAUGUGGUCUUUCUUGAUUGUUUACCUCAAAUCUGUUGCUAUAGAGACAGGAAAAUGAGAUCCUGUAGUCCAGGAAUAUAGCUAUUGUAAUCACAGUCUAGCUGCUGUAUUGCAGUCUGGUAUGGCCACGAUCAUCACUGCUUGUCAGUAUUUCUUGCAUUAACAUAGGGCUAACCUUACCUGUGCAUGAGGACAGAGUAGGAUCAAAAUGGAGGAGGGUACCAUGCCUUUUGGUUUCCAGAAAGUAGGAGUUCUGAGUUUUGUAUUUUGAGUCACUUUUUAAAAGUUUAUUGAUGUAUUAAUAAAUGCAGUCAUCUCUAUGGUUUAUUCUUUGAAAAGUUGUAUACUCAUCUUUGUGAUGAUAACCUUGUCUGUGAUUUACCUCAUAACCUUUUAUAAUCUCCCUUUUCCCAGACUUAUAAGUGUUCAGUAGUUUAUAUUUGACUCAUAAGAGUACAGUUUGUGAAUGAAAACAAAAGUUGCUUUUUACCUAGAUAUUUUUGACAGUACAUCAUUAUUUUGAGAUUUAUCACUGCUGCUUUUUUUAUACCUUAUCCUUUAUACUGCUCUACUGUGUUUGUUUUUUAUAACUACAACAAUACCCAUUGAUCUUUUUAUGUAUUCAGCUACUUAAAUUGAAUCCUUUUGUUUAGCUGGUACAUACAAGACUACAAUGGAUAAAGGCAUAUGACUCAUUAUGCAUAUGUUUUAUUUCUCUUGGGCCAGUAAUUCAGUAUGUGUGAAUGUUUCCACUUUUAAGAGAUUGUCAAACUGAACUAGCUUGGUAUAGAUCAGUGGUUGGUUCUCAACCUUCCUAAUGCUGCAGCCCUUUAAUACUGUUCCUCAUGUUAUGGGAACCACUAACCAUAAAAU